GGUGACAACCUUCAAAAUUAAAGCCGAUGCAGGGCUUUCCACAGCUAUUCAGACACCGUAAACAAAGCGAUGAUGUUUCAUUUUUUAAAAACAUUUUUGCAUUAAACCAUACUUGAUUGGGGUCGUUAAUAUUACCGUUUGUGAAUUCGGUGUCAAAUUUGGUAUUUCUUAGUUAUUUUUAUAUAUCUUAAACUAGAAAUAAAAAAACAAAGUAACUUUGACAUUCAAAAAAACAAACAAAAAGAGAUUGUGCUGCAACAGAAAAGCCAGUUAAUUAUCGUGCUCUAGGUCAUCUGAUUGUUUUUAAGACACCUUUCUACAUCACAUCUCAACGACGCUCAACGCGCACUGGCUCUCAGGGGGCUUUUAUUGUGAAGUAGGCAGACGCCAGACGAGACGCUGGUGCGGACCCGUCGAUCCACUGGCUCCACUAACGGGACCCCUCCACCUGCCGUGAGUGACGGGCUGGAGCUCAGCUCUCAUGUCAGCGCUGGGCCUGAUGAAAAAGCAGUGUCUGGCAUCUGGGACCCUGUCCUCGGCUUCUCUCAAAAGGAGGUGGAUAAAGAAGAGCAGGGUCGCUCCGUGGGCGCAGCAGGAUGCGCACGGCGACUGUCAGCUGUGCAGGUGUCCUGUGUUUCCCGUGUCCGGCAGCAGUCGCAGCGUUCGGCGGAUUGUGACCGCCUGCGUCCUGUCCUUCCUGGCCCUUCUGGGCUCCGUGACCUUUGACCUCAGCUCCAGCUUUGAGCUGCUGCGCGCCACGGAGGCCGCUCACGACGAGCUGACCUCAUGCAGAACGGCGGCCAUCCUGCAACUCGUCGCUUCGCUUCAGAGGACGAGGCGCGCGUGGACACACAAUGGGACGAUGGAAGGGGGGUUUCCGGAGCUCGUGCUCCCGGCGCUCGGUCGUGUCUGCGGAGAGACGGCGGCUCGUGGGAGGCUAAUGGCCGCCGGCUGUAGCGCCGAGUUGGCUGGAUUUUGCCUGGAGCUCAGACUGAGCGUUGGAGGAUUUCUGAAGGCUGACCUCGAUACAAACAGGACCGGUGGGAACGGUUCCUCCAGGUUCUCGCUGCUCAUUGGGACGCUUCUCGACAUGUGGGGGACGGUGGAGGACGCUCUAGUCAAGGCCAAACUGGACUCCAACUGGAGAGUGGUUCUGUGCGCGCGGCUUCUGACAGCGUUCAUCGAGCUCAACCACCAGCUGAUGGACGCCCCCCCGCUGGCAGCUCACUCUGGCUUCCAGUCCAAUUGGACCCAUGUGCUCAGUUACCUUGGCUUUGCCCGGGUGAUGACUGAACAGCUGAAUGACUGCUGGGUGGAGAAGGUGGACCUCAGGUUCAACUCCAGCCAACAGCGUUCUGCCGUCUUUGACACCAGUCUGUGGCAGAUCUCAGCAGCGGAACCGCAGCUUCUUGCCGGCUCCGAGCCUGGAAUCAGCGCCCUGACCAACACUCGGGGGUGCUUGUUGGACCGCGCGGCGCCGGCUCUCAGGCUGACAUCUCGAUCGGUGGCCUCUGGCCUCAGUAUGAGGAUCUGCCUGCUGACGAUAGCCUGCUUCAUCUACCCAGCGGUCAUGGUCUCGUUCAAGCAGAUGACCGAGUGGAUCCAGAACUACGCCCAGAACCUGAAGGAGAAGACCGAGGACCUGAAGCGCCAGAGGCAGCUGGCCGAGGACCUGCUGCACCAAAUGCUGCCCAAGUCCGUGGCCCGGCAGCUGCGCAAGCACAGGCACGUGGAGGCUGAGAGCUAUGAGAAGGUGACCAUUUUUUUCUCAGACAUCGUGGGCUUCACCUCCAUCUCCGCGUCGUGCACUCCUCUUCAAGUGGUGGAAAUGCUCAACAACCUCUACAUGUGCUUCGACACGCGCAUCGAAUCCUACGACGUCUACAAGGUGGAGACUAUUGGAGACGCGUACAUGGUGGUGAGCGGGCUGCCGGAGAGGAACGGGGACAGACACGCCGAUGAGAUCGCCAAAAUGGCCCUGGACCUGGUAGCAGCCGUCAGACAGGUGGCCAUCCCCCACAUGCCCAACCACAGGCUGCAGCUGCGAGCCGGCAUCCACACGGGUCCGUGUGUGGCAGGAAUAGUGGGCUACAAGAUGCCGAGGUACUGUCUGUUUGGAGACACUGUCAACACGGCCUCUAGGAUGGAGUCCACCAGCCUGCCCCAGAAAAUCCACACCAGUUCAGAAACCUACUUGGCUCUGAUGAAAGACAACGCCUACGAGCUGCAGCUUCGUGGAGAGAUCGACGUUAAGGGCAAAGGCAAAAUGAACACGUACUGGCUGGUGGGACAUAAGAACUACAGUGUGCAGAAUGACAGCCUGGUUUGCCACUGGAACCCCAACAUGUCCCGGAAAAAGAAGGUGGCGGCCGGCAGCGAGGUCUCGGUGGCCACUUCCUCAGUGACCGUGCAGAGCCUGACUGAGAAUGCCGCCACCCCCCUCUCCGACCACUCGCCACCCCGCCCUGUGAAGGAGCGCCCUGGGCUGAGUGUGGAAGCCCAGAUGGAGCCCUACGGCGGCAGCUACGGCACCCUGGGCUCCAUGAUUGGGGGUCUGCAGGGGGGAGACGAGAGCCCUCAACCCAGCCAGCACAAGAGCAGCGCCGGGCUGAAGCCUGACCUGCUGCCCAGAUCCAACCACCACCUGGAACCAUAACAACGCAGAGCAUCCUCAGAUUACGGUCCAUACUGUAGUACAGAUACUACUGAUUUAUGUGAUUGCCUGUUGCCUUAAAGGAGCAGUCCAACUAAAACCCUGACCUGUAGCAGGCUUUAAUGCGUUCUGUCUUGUACUUCCGUCUGUGCUGUAUAUUGGAUGUUGGAUGUGUGUACAGUAUUGGAUGGAUUUUGGUUCCCUCUUGUUGCUGUGAAGUAUAAGUAAAAUCUACUUUCUUUAGUUUCA